AAACAGGCCGGGAGUCAAACCUGCAGUGUUUCUCUUUACGUAAUAUUUUGUCCUCAUGGCUGUCAGAGAGGUGCACCUCUACACAGAUAAUCACAGAAGUGGGAGGUAUCUGCAGAUGACCAUGGAUGGGAGAGUGUCAGGAAGUGAUGCUCAGAGCCUUAACAGUGUGAUGGAGCUCAAAUCAGUCAAACCAGGAAAUAUAGUCAUCAAGGGACAGUUGUCUUCUCUGUUUCUGUGUAUGGACGGUGGAGGCCUUUUAAGGGGGCAGAGGCACUACGUGGAAGCUGACUGCACUUUCACAGAGCUGCUCCUGGCAGACGGAUACACUCGUUUCCUCUCCUCACACCAUCAAGUCCCAGUGUCUUUGGCAUCCAAACACUCCCCGGACCAACACUCGGUCCCCUUCACUCGGUUCCUACCGCUCAGGAAUUCUUUGGCAGGCCAGAGUACGUCUGAACAACCACCAAACAGUGAGAGAUAUUUCAACGUGGACUCUGGUGAUCUUUUUGGAAUGGGUCUAAACACUGUGGGUAGUCCUCAGUUCUCCGUGGACAACUAAAGAACAGAUCUAAAACUGUGGAUGUGCCUUCUAAAAAUACAUUUCCAAUGACCUGGUUCAACCUGCAGACUUGUUGUUUUUUUAAUCUCGAUUCUCAACAUGUUUC